AGCAAAGAAAGUUCUCCUGGCAAGCUUUAUCGGAGCUAGAUAAGUGUGAGAUCCGAUAAGAAGCGGAGAUAGCGUCACAUGCCCUGAGGGGAAGCCAUAUCGUGGAACCCGCCGGCUAUCAGCAUACCAGCUACUAGUAUUACUCCGCUAACUAACGAUGACACGACUUCUUCCUUCACUCGUUUCUUAUUUCUAGACAGACUGAGGUAACAUCACCGUAGAUUUCCUCGUCACUUCUUCGUAUUCCUCCACUAUAUCCUCAGAUCCUUGGAGGCCUUCCCUCCUCUCUCAUUGCCCUCCCCUCACCGCUAUCUUCUCUGCAUCUGUGAACACAAGUAUCAUCAUGUUGGACACCGAUUCGAACACCGAUGCUACGAACGGCGAGUCGCCAGCCGCUCAGUGGCCAAAUCCUACAAAGUCAAGAUACAGUAAACACAUCACAUUAACCACCUAUCCCGGUCAAAGCGGGGUCGAUCCCGUGCCCCUUGAAUGGGGAGCCAAAGAUGCCAAAACACGCGGUCCUAUAAUCGUCUCGCGAAAUGGCAAUAUGCUGAAGCGUCGCAAUGCCAUGGGUGCUCAUGGUGGCAGCUACAGUAUCUACAAUGCUCUGGCCAUCGCCGCUGGUGACCUUCCUCCUGAUUUUCGCCCGGACUUCCGCAACACGGAGCCGACGUUCAACUUUCCCUGGCAACCGGCAUGGGCAGAUCCUACCAAGAUCGUCUCAAUGGACCCCUUCGGUCACGACAUCGUCAACCAGUUCAGAGAAUAUCUCGACGCUGGAUGGGAUAUCCGCCCAACCAUGGCUAUAACGCGAGCCCACAUGCGACUGGCAGAGAUCAGUGAGGCUGUCCAUAAGGGCAAGUUAGAAGUCGACGGCACGAUUGUGGUUAACGCCGACGGCGAUGUCCGUGUAACAAAGGUCGCUGUGGAACCAGUCUGGUAUCUGCCUGGGGUGGCGGAGCGAUUCGGUGUCGAUGAGGGAACAUUACGAAGGACACUGUUUGAACACACCGGUGGAAGCUACCCAGAACUGAUCACACGCCCUGAUGUAAAGAUCUUCCUGCCUCCGAUUGGUGGUCUUACUGUCUAUAUCUUUGGACCCCCUGAGCGUGUCUCAGACGAGAAUAUCCGCCUAGCACUACGUAUCCAUGACGAGUGCAACGGUAGUGAUGUCUUCCAAUCGGACAUUUGCACAUGCAGACCGUACCUCGCGUUCGGUAUCCAAGAAGCUAUAAGAGAAGCACAAAACGGUGGAAGCGGAGUAGUCAUCUACUUCCGCAAGGAGGGUCGUGCUCUGGGUGAAGUGGUCAAGUACUUGGUUUACAACUCACGAAAACGCGGCGGUGACACAGCCGAUAAAUAUUUCCAGCGGACAGAAAAUAUCGCUGGUGUGCGAGACAUGCGCUUUCAAGCUUUGAUGCCCGAUAUUCUUCACUGGCUGGGUAUCAAGAAGAUCGAUCGCAUGCUGUCCAUGUCGAAUAUGAAACAUGAUGCUAUCGUGCAAUCAGGGAUCAAGAUAUACGAGCGCAUUCCUAUUCCUGAAGACAUGAUUCCUGAGGACUCGAGAGUCGAGAUUGAUGCUAAGAUCAAUGCUGGAUACUUCACGACGGGUAAACAAUACACGAUGGAGGAGCUUGCCCAGGUCAAGGGUAGAGGCUGGGAGAAGUGGGAGGAUGUCACGCACUGAGUGUUGUCACUUGAACAAUGAUACACGAUCGAUGCAAUGCCAUCAUUACCCAAUCUGGCGGGAAUGGCCUCCCAUUGUUCCUAGUGGGGAUGGAAUCUUCUUCUACGAUAUCCUACAUAUUGAUUUCCAUCGGGAUAACAUUUAUUUCAUAAUUCAUAAAUUGCUGUUGGUUAUCAAUUUACCGCAUUUCAGUCUCUGUUUAUUAAUCUCCAUGGAUGCUCGUAGUUUUUCAGGAACUGGAUGACGUCAUAGGUUCGAUGCUUAUCUCUUCUCCA